GAUACGUUUAUUGCGACUCCUGAGAGCUGCUGUGAGAAACGCUGACAAUCUCUGCUCCCCACACUCGCUAUUCCAGCUCCUGAUUCGCCACCAGGGGGCGUGCGUCUGACUGAGAUGCUUUAAAACCUGGACAGGAUGUGAUGUAACAAACAGGGAAACUGCAGUACCACCGUUCAAUAUAAAGAGGGCAACAAUGAGACGUUUUAGGCCUUUUAAACAAAUUUACACAGAAAUAUCAAAAUUAGUUCAGAAACAUGAAGCUAGUAUCAGUUUAUAGAGUUUAUUUGGAAAAAAACAAAUUUAGUUUGAGGUUUAGUUUCACUGUAAAAACAUUCAGUUUAUUAGCUUCCUUUGCUGGUUGGAGGUUUUACAUCUGGAGACAGUUGAAGGUGUUCAGUUACCUGUUCCCAUGGUAACACCCCCUCAACCCCCUAACCCUCACACCAAGUGGUCGGUUGCUGAUGUUUUGACUGUUCCCUCCGCAGAUUACUGCCGCUCGCCUCCAACCGCCAGCAGCCUGAGCGGAUCAGGACGUGAUGAGAUAACGAAUCCGUUAGCUGCAGCCUGACUGAUGGAGAUGAAUUAACGAUCUGAGUGUGUGAGGGGUAAUCUGUAAAUCCACUCAGCGCUCGCUGCUGACAGACUGGCAGUUCAUUUAUCAGCUGGGAACUGCGUGUGUUUUAACUAGAAAUGUCUGAACAGAAAUCCAGCAGCUCAACAUCUGGAGUUCCUCAGGGUUUCACCCUGGAUGUUUGACCAGCUUUACACACCAGAUAAACAAAAGAAGAAGAAGACAAGAUAAGAGGAUCAGAAACAAAACAGAAUAGAGCUCCAACUUUUAAAGAUUCAGUUAAUUUGUUACAUUUAGUUUAUCAAACAAAUCUAUUUACUAGACUGGUUUUCUGUUUGCAGUGCUGUGAGCUCAGUGGGUUGUGUGGAGUAGCUCUGAGCGGUCAGUAUGUCCCAGAGUGACCUCAGUCUGGAGGAAUCAUUCGGCUGACCUUUGACCUCGUUAAUAAUCUGAACUGAGCUGCCAUGUUUUUAAAGAUGGUGCCCAGAAACCAGUAAAGCCUGAUAUGAUCCUAGUUUCAGCUGCAAACAGAAAACCUGCUGAGUCAGCGUUUGGUUCUGGUUCUGGUUCUAAUCCGAUCAAGGAGGUUCUGUCUGAUGGCUGCAGAUUAAAACGUCUUCAGGAAGUCUCCGGGUCCAAUCCGGUUUCAACGUUUAUUCCUGGAAACGUCAACAACUGGAAACCUGGGAACGAAAACACCUGGAGGAGAGAACCGAUUCAACCGUAAUGAACUGAUAAAUGAAACUGAUUGAUAAAUAAAGUGAUAAUCACUUUGGAAGAAACUGGUCCAAACACGUCCCAGUUCUGAUCCGACUGCUGGUUCUGUUUACUUCAGAGAAACUUGGCUCUGAUUUCAGGGAUUAAAUGUUUUUCACAGCUUCUCAGGAAGUGAGUAAAACUAUGUAGAACCUGAACCGGAUCAGAACCUGGACUGGAUCAGAAACUGAACUGGAUCAGAAUCAGGACUGGUUCAGAACCAGGACCGGUUCUGGUGGAAGAAUCUCCCCCUGGCUGACUCAGGUCCUAACGUGUCACCCUGUUGCCCCGGGGCAAAUAUUCUGCCUGUUCUUAUUCAAAUCAAGCCAACAGCCAAUCAGUGGGCAGUGGGCGGGGCUUGGGGCUAUAAGAAGCCCAGGUGAGCAGCAGGUGUUCAGACAGCAUGGACCAGGCUCUGGUUCUGGACGGGUCCACCUGCAGCCUUUACCCCAGCUCCGCUCCAUCUUCCUGGCCGGUUCCGGACCCGUUCCCCGGCACCGCUCCGCUCUGGUCCUGGUUCUGCUCCUGGGAUCUACUGGGCCCGGUGCGGCCCCCAUACUCGUACUCAGCCCUUAUUGCCAUGGCGAUCCAGAGCUCGCCCAAUCAGAGGCUGACGCUGAGCCAGAUCUACAGCUUCGUGUCGACCCAUUUCCCGUUCUACGACCGCAACCGGGCCGGCUGGCAGAACUCCAUCCGCCACAACCUGUCGCUCAACGACUGCUUCAGGAAGGUCGCCCGCGGCGAUGACGACCCAGGUAAGGGCAGCUACUGGACUCUGGACCCGGACUGUGGGAAGAGGUUCGACAACGGCAGCUUCCGCCGCAGGAGGAAGAGGAAGUCUGACAGGAAUCCAUCAUCAUCAUCAUCAGAGCCCAGCUCCAAAUGUCCCAGCAUGCACUGCAGCAGCUCUGCUCUUCCUCACUCUGACUCCUCCUCUUCAUCGCUGAACUUCCUGGUUCCAGACUCCACUCCUCCUCCUCUUCCUCUUCCUCCUCCUCUUCCUGUCUUCCCCCCACCCCAGGGGACUCCCCCCCCACUCUCCUGCCUGGCCGACCAUCAGGCCUGCAUGGAGCCCGGUUCCGGUUCUGAUCCGGGUUUCUCCGAGUUCUUCAGCGAUGCUCUGCUGCUCGACUUUCUGCUCCUUCAGUGAAAAGACUCCACUUUUAUAUUUAUCUGAUUAAAUCUGAAAUAAGGUGAUGAAGUUUGAAAAUAAAAUCACCUUUAGGAAUUAAAAAAAAAGGGAAGAAAAAAAUUUGCUCAUUUUUAUUGUUUUUUAAAAAAAAAAUCAGAUAUUAAUUAAUGUAUCCAUUAA